GGGGUCUGAGGAGACAGAGAGAGAGAGAGGGAGGGAGAGAGAGAGAGAGCAGAAAAAGCUCCUGAUCCUCCUGCUGCUGCUGCACGGACAGAAGGAGAAGAAGGACAGACAGACAGAGACAGACAGAGAGAUAGAGAGAGAGAGAGAGACGGGCAGAGCGGAGGACAGACGGACGGACAGCCGGGGGAGAGGAGGAUGGGCCGACGGAGCGGCCGUCGGUAGCGCUCUGUUUUCGGGGACGGAGCUCCAGGAUGAGCGUAGCGCUGCAGGACCUCCGGAACACCAUGUCCAGCUAUAAGCGAGCUACGUUGGAGGAGGAGGAAGUGUCGGACGCUCCAGCUGAGGCAGCCUCGUCUCCUGACAGAGUGGAGGUGGGUUUCAGGAAGGGAGGUGUGGACAUCCUGGGCAGGAGGACUCAGCUGGAGGUCCUGCUCUCAGUCCUGCUGCUGGCUGCUCUGCUGGCUCUGCUGGCCUGUCUGCUGGUCCUGGGACUGGGAUUCAGCUCAGACAGUGGGCGUGGCCUGUGCCUGUCGGAGGCAUGCAUCACGGUGGCCAGUCAGAUGGUGGAGGCGAUGGACCGCAGCGCCGACCCCUGCCAAGACUUCUACCAGUUCGCCUGUGGAGGCUGGAUGAGGAAGAACCCGCUGCCUGACGGACGGUCGCGCUGGUCCACGUUCAACAGCAUCUGGGAGCAGAACCAAGCGCUCCUCAAACACCUGCUGGAGAACGGGACUUUUAACGGCAGCAGUGAGGCGGAGAGGAAGACUCAGUCCUACUACUUGUCCUGUCUCAACACACAGAGGAUCGAAGAGCUGGGAGCUCAGCCUCUCAUAGACCUGAUCGCCAAGAUCGGGGGCUGGAACAUGACAGGUCCCUGGGAGAAGGAGAACUUCAUGGAGGUUCUGAAGGUGGUUUCUGGUCCCUACAGAGCUCAGCCCUUCUUCAGUGUCGGAGUCAGCGCUGAUCCCAAAAACUCCAACAGCAAUGUUAUCCAAGUGGACCAAUCAGGGCUCUUCCUGCCAUCCAGGGACUAUUACCUCAACAAGACAGCCAAUGAGAAGGUGCUGGUGGCGUACCUGGACUACAUGGUGGAGCUGGGGAUGCUGCUGGGUGGGGAAAGGAGCUCCACUCAGCUUCAGAUGCAGCAGAUUCUGGAGUUUGAGACGGCGCUCGCCAACAUCACCGUGCCACAGGACCAACGGCGCGACGAGGAGAAGAUCUACCACAAGGUCACCAUCGCUGAAUUACAGUUGCUGGCUCCAGCCGUGGACUGGUUGGACUACCUAUCGUCCUCUCUGUCUCCUCUCGAGCUGAAUGACACUGAACCUGUCGUCCUGUAUGCCAGAGAGUACCUGCAGCAGGUGUCCGACCUCAUCAACAAGACCGACCGCAGUCUGUUGAAUAACUACAUGAUGUGGACAUUGGUUCAGAAGAGUGUGGCUAGUUUGGAUCAACGCUUCGAGAACGCUCAGGACAAACUGCUGGAGAGUCUCUACGGAACCAAGAAGUCCUGCACCCCACGCUGGCAGACCUGUAUUGGGAACACUGACGACACUCUGGGCUUCGCCCUGGGAGCGCUCUUUGUCAAGGCGACAUUUGACAAACACAGCAAAGAGAUUGCCGAGGAGAUGAUCAACGAGAUCCGCUCAGCAUUUAAAGAAGCUCUGGACAGACUCAGCUGGAUGGACGACCAGACCAGACAGGCUGCAAAAGACAAGGCAGAUGCGAUCUACGAUAUGAUUGGAUUCCCAGAAUUCAUCCUGGACCCCAAAGAACUGGACGACGUUUAUGACGGGUAUGAAGUGUCGGACGACAGCUUCUUCCAGAACAUGUUGAACUUCUACAACUUUUCAGCCCGAGUGAUGGCCGACCAGCUGAGGAAGACUCCCAACAAAGACCAGUGGAGUAUGACUCCUCCUACAGUUAAUGCCUACUACAUGCCCACUAAGAACGGCAUCGUCUUCCCUGCUGGGAUCCUACAAGCUCCUUUCUACGCCCACGACCACCCCAAGGCCUUGAACUUUGGUGGGAUCGGGGUUGUGAUGGGUCACGAGCUCACUCACGCCUUUGAUGAUCAGGGUCGUGAGUAUGAUAAAGAAGGUAACUUGAGGCCGUGGUGGCAGAAUUCGUCUGUGGAGGCGUUUCGUCAGAGAACAGAGUGCAUGAUGGAUCAAUACAGCCGAUACACCGUCAACGGAGAACAUGUCAACGGAAAACAGACGCUCGGAGAAAACAUCGCUGACAACGGAGGAUUGAAGGCUGCAUACCAUGCCUAUCGGUCAUGGGUCCAGAGAAAUGGAGAGGAAAAGAGACUUCCUGCUGUCAACCUGACCAAUGACCAGCUCUUCUUUGUGGGAUUUGCCCAGGUGUGGUGUUCAGUCCGAACACCAGAGAGCGCUCAUGAGGGCCUGGUGACCGACCCCCACAGCCCCCCCAGAUACAGAGUCAUCGGCACGCUCGCCAACUCUCCAGAUUUCAGCCGCCACUUCAACUGUCCAGCAGGGACACCCAUGAACACCGGGAGGCCCUGUGAGGUCUGGUAGACAGACUGAAGAGAACGUUCUUCUAUGGGGGGGGGCUAAUUAAGUCUGUUAAUUAACAGAUUGGUCUGUUACUUUAGAAACUUAUCUGUCAUUUAUCAGGUGAGUUUUUUAAUUGACAGGCUCGUUGGUGUCUUAAUUAUCAGCAGGUUAUUGACAGGUGAUCAGGUGAUCACUAGGGGUGUUCCAGGUGUAAUCUUCAGUUUCAUACAGUUAAUAUAAACCUGUUCAUUAGAGACGAUCAGACUGACUUCCUGUCUGGAAACUAAAAGGACUCCGUGGACUUCACUCAUACAUGAAGGACUGAUGGUGAUGAAGAUGAUGAAGCCACGUGGGACGAUGUUGCUAAUUUCUGCUUUAUCACCGUUAUUGAUUAUUAUUAUUAUUAUUAAUGGGCUUUGGUUGGUGUGUGUGUGUGUGUGUGUGUGUGUGUGUGUGUGUGUGUGUGUGUGUGUGUGUGGUGUUGUCGUAUGAAAGACCUCUGUUACUCCGUCUCUCUCUGAUGACAUCACUGUGAUGACCUCAUAUGAAGUUGAACUGAUACGUCAUAAUUCAUGGCCGUCUGUUUUCUGAUUCUGGUGACAAACAAGUGACAAAAUUUGCAUUAAUCUAUCUCUAGCAGAGUUCUCCACAGACCUGAUCCUGGACUAUCUGACCAGAUAUCUAGUCCAGGAGUUUGAAAACAAAAAACAUGAUUUAGACCAAGACAGAUCUGUUCCACUGAAGUCUACAGAGAGCCAAAGUGAAACCUGAACUUCCAGAAAUAAGAAAACCUCAUGUAUGCAUCCAGCGAUUUUCUUCUGCUUAUCUGGUUAAUCAGAGUAUUCCAGACUUCUUUCUUCCCAGCAACAUUUUCUGGCUCCUUGGGGGAUCCCAAGGCAUUUACAAGUUCUGGGUGUACCCUGAGGUCUCCUCCGAGUUGGAUAUGAAAACCUCCAAAAGAAGGCACCCAGGAGAACCAUAAUCAAAUACCCAAACCAUUUCAACUCGUUUCUUUGUGACAUCCUUUAGAUAUCCAGCUCCUCAUCCUGUCUCUUAAAACUGAGCCCAGACACCCAAUAGAGGAAACUCAUUUUAGCUGCUUGUAUCCACAAUCUCGUUCUUUUGGUCACUGCCCAAAGCUUGUGACCAUAAGUGAGGGUUGGACUCUAAAUCGAGACCGUCUUCACCACAACAUCCACAUUACUGCUGACGCCACACCAAUCUGUCAAUCUCCAUCGUCCCCUCACUCGUUAACAAGACCCCAAGAUACUCAAGUCACCCCCAACCAGGGGUCACAUUUCUAACUACGCUAAUAAUUAAAAAUCCAAGCUUGGAGCAGAGUCUCUCUUGCUUCAUGUGUUUGGAUAAUUACAGUUUUAUGAAAAAUGACCUCAUAUUGUUGUUUUUAGAGGCCUUUAAUAACCACUUCUCACAAGCCAUAGACAUUUGUGGCUAAACAUCACAGUUUGACAGAAGAGAUACAUCCAGGCCACAGCUCGACAUCCUUAAGGUUUUUAGAUGCUAGAGGUCACAACUAGAAAGAACACGACAAGGAACACCCUUUGUUUUUUCAUGAAGACCAAUUAAGGAAAUGCUGAAGAGAGAUUGUAUUAGGACUUUGGCUCUUAGUAAAAACAUUGAGUCUUUCUCAGUCUGUCUUUUUAAAGUUUACGUUGAUUUCAGUGGAGGAGACCUCUCUUAGACUGAGUAAAUCAUGUUUUUGAGUUACAUACAGAUGCUAUAUGUACGUUUUUGCUAUCGCUUCAUCACUAGUGUUACCACUAAUAGCCGUUUACUCACUAAGAGCUUCAGCCAUCGUUGAGCUUACAAGAUGAGGUUAGAAUAUGUCCUCUUAACAGUUACUUCUUCAUCCUGUCACGUUGGACUGAGGAUAGGCUAGCUAGUUAGCAUGCUAACUUCAGUAGAAGAAGAAAAAACUGUGUUAGAACUAGAAGAAAAACAUUAGUGUUGUUUUCCACCUCUGGAGACAGCUGUUUGCUGAGUAAGUGAAUGGAGUUUGAUGUUGAACUCACAAAGUUUCUUUAGAUAGGUGAGUAAACAGCUCCUAAUGCUAAUGCUAAUGCUGAUGCUACCAACAAAUAUACAUAUAGCACCUUUAAGAUAAUUAAUCAUCGUCUGAUGGCAUAACCACGAUCAUAACACUAUAAGAAACAAUCCGUUAAUAUCCCUUUAAUCAAUCCUUAAUUUACUAAAUAUCUUAAAUACACUGUUAGUUUUGGUUGGUUUAUUUUUGGGUUCUUAAAUAUUGAAAAUAUUUUCAAGUUUUUUAAUACGGACCAAUUAAUGGACAAUGAUAAAUUUAAGAAAAUUUAGGAUGUUUUAAUUGGGAUUACACUAUCACAGGUACAGCUCAGAUUGUACCUGUUUAAAUGAAUGUGCUAUUUGGGGGUUAAAAUAAUGGUGUGUGAUUAUUGAGGAGGUGUUAAUGGAUUACUGUAUCAAUAAGCUUUUAUGUUGAUUGUCAGUUUCUCCCUUGUAGAAUCAAAAACAAUCUAAAUACCUUAAUAAUGUUAGAAUCUAUUAUUUUCUACUUAAAAAACACCUUAGUGAGAUCAUUAUUAACAGAUGACAGUGGGUGAAAAAGGUUUGUUUUCUCGAUGUAAGUGACGUACGAAUGAAACAUGCUGUUGUUUAGUCAGUGGUCUUAUAUACUUCAAACCACUCUACAUGUUAACUCACUGUAACCACUAACCACCAUGCUAGUGUUGUCAAGGUAACCAGCUGUUACUGUUUGUGACAUUAGUGCCCGCAAACAGUGAGGAACAAGAAAGGCCUUAAAAUUAGAUUUUAUUAUGAAAAUGAAUUUGGAAAAAUGCCUUAAAAAUGUGAGAUUAACGCCUUAAAAGAAAGUGGAGUUAUCAGCUGCUCUGAGUCCCACCGCCAAAUCAAGUUGAGUUUUUUUUUUUUUUAAAGAAACCUCAGAGUUUGGUCGUACAACUCCAUGAUAUCAGUCUGAUAAUGACCUGACAGUUGUGGUGCAUUCAGGGACACAGUUGAGGGUGGGAGGAGUUCAGUAUUAACAUUGUUAGCAUGGGGUGUUUAGGGACUAAAAGGAGCAAUGGGCGUUCAGGACCUAAUAAGAGCAUGGGGCCUUCAGGAAUGAAAACAAGUGUGUGCAUGCAUGUACUGAAAUAAGGAUGGGGCGUUCAGGGACACAAAUGAAAGUGGAAGGGGCGCUCACCAGUAACAAUUAGCAUGGGGUGUUCAGGGACUAAAUCAAGCCUUUAGUUCACUCAAAUGAGCAUGGGGCAUUCAGGACCUAAUAAGAGCGUGGGGCAUUCAGGGACUAAAAUGAGUGUGGGGUGUUCAGGGACUGGAGUAUUUGGAGUUAAUAAGCAUGGUUACGUUCAAGAUUUUAAAGGAGUGUGGGGCAUUUGGGAAGUAAAAGUUGCAUGGGGCGUUCAGGGACUAAAGUGAAGGGGAGUUCUGACUGUUUCUGGUUUUAUCCUGUGUAAUGUUUAAUAAUGAGUAAAAAGUUAAUAGUUUUACUUUUAGUCACAAACUUAUGAGUAAAAUUCUAAGUUUUUUGUUUUAUUUUUCUUUAAAGUUAAAAACAUUUUUUAUCAUGACUUCCUCUGUCAUCGUAGCCUCGACAGUAAAGAGCAGAAAUAAAAACGCUAAAUGCAGAAACACGAUAAUUAUAUCAAAGAAAAAUAUGUAACAUUUAAUUCUGAGUAAAUACGACUUGUUACCUCAGCCUUCAUUACCCACAAUCCUUUAGUGUUACUGCUCAGUGCAGGAACCUGACUCUGACAGCAGGUGGAGCUCUCAGCCUAUUCACCUGAACUUCAUCACCUGAAACACAAACUGAAUAUUCAGAUAUUAAAGUCGGUAUUGUGACAACA